AUGCGGAAAUGCUCACUCGAUGAAGAACUUGACGCAGCAACACGCGAAUACGACUAUGGCAUCGUCCCUGGAUCUUGCACUGUUUUUGUACGUGAUACUGCCAACAAUGUCGGUCGCCUCGAUUUGACCUUGCUCGAGGAUGUCUUGGUGGUCAUUGACUUGACCGAUCAGGGCUAUAUGGUUACUUCAUGUUCAGCUCUCUCCAAUGCAGGCCUUGCAUUAGCCACUGCUAGCAAAGCACAAUCACAUCUCAACAAGCCCUUUGAAACUCUCGAAAGCCUGCUCAUGGCCAUUUCUCCGUUAUUCUGUCAACGUUUUCAAGAAGUCUUACUUUCCAAGCUGCUUCAGGAUCCCAAUACCAACAAGAAUAGUGAAGAAGAUGUACAUCAAUGGGUUCAACCUUCCUAA